GAAAUUCCUUCAGCCAGAGGGUGUUGAAUGAAGGGAAUGCCCUACCCUGGGGGGCCGUGGAAACUCGGCUGAGGUCUGGCCAGCAGGACAAACCUGGCGCUCAGGUAGAUCAGCCAAAGUCUCGGUGAAGGGCGGAACAGGUCGGUGGGGCCGAAUGGCCCUUUGCGGGGUGUCCCCGCCAGGUGCCGGCUGAAGCUGCAGCCCGGCGCCGGUGAGGAAGCCGAGCCCCGGGCGCCUCCCCCAGUUCCGCUGCUGUGUUGCUUCACCGCGGGGAGGGCGGAGGGUGCGGCGGAUCCGCCCCACAGGCGCUCGGCAGCCGAGUGAGAGCGGGGACCAGGGGCCGGCAGCCACCGGGACCCGAGUCGGAGCAGCAGACCCCGGCGGCAGGCACUAUGUUUUCCUUCACGGUGACGGUGGCCACCGGGCACCAGUGGUUCGCGGGCACCGAUGACUACAUCUACCUGACGCUGGUGGGCAGCGAGGGCUGCAGCGAGAAGACCCUGCUGGACAAACCGCUCUACAACGACUUCGAGCGGGGAGCGGUGGAUUCAUAUGAUAUGACUGUGUCGAACAAUAUCGGAGAGAUCCUGUUGGUGAAGAUUGAGAAGCGCAAGUACUGGGUGCAGGAUGACUGGUACUGUAAAUACAUCACCAUAAAGACCCCCACUGGCGAGUACAAGGAGUUUCCCUGUUAUCGUUGGAUUACUGACGAGAAGGAAAUUGAGCUACGGGAUGGGAAAGCAAGGUUGCCUCGUGAUGACCACACUCAACUUGCUAAGCAGCAUCGCCGCCGAGAGCUGGAGGAGAGGCAGAAGUCCUACAGGUGGAAGGAAUGGCAUCCGGGUUUCCCGCUGAGCAUUGAUGCAAACUUCCACAAGGACUUGCCCCGAGAUAUUCAGUUUGACACUGAGAAAGGAGUGGACUUUGUACUGAACUACACCAAAGCGAUGGAGAAUCUGUACGUGAAUCGGUUCAUGCACAUGUUUCAAUCUUCAUGGAGUGAUUUUGCUGAUUUUGAGAAGAUCUUUGUCAGAAUUAGCAAUACAAUUUCAGAAUAUGUCAUGCAGCACUGGCAGGAGGACUUCAUGUUCGGUUACCAGUUCCUCAAUGGGUGCAAUCCUGUCGUUUUUGAGAAGUGCAACAAGCUCCCUGACAAGUUUCCAGUCACAAACGACAUGGUGGAAAUCUGCCUGGAACGGCAACUCACUCUAGAGGAAGAGAUUAAGGAAGGUAACAUUUACCUGGCGGACUAUAAGAUCAUGGAGGGAGUUCCUGCCAACAGCACUGACCCCUGCACCACACAGUACCUGUCAGCACCCAUCUGCCUGCUGUACAACAAUUCGAAGAACAAGCUGGUACCCAUUGCAAUCCAGCUGAAACAGGAGCCUGGCCCAGAAAACCCCAUAUUCCUUCCCACUGAUGAAAAGUAUGACUGGUUACUGGCAAAAAUAUGGGUGAGAUCAUCGGACUUCCAAGUGCAUCAGACUGUAACACACCUCCUGCGGACACACCUUAUCUCCGAGGUGUUUGGUAUAGCUCUGUAUCGCCAGCUCCCAGCAGUACACCCACUCUUUAAGCUGCUGCUGCCUCACAUCCGAUUUACAAUUGCAAUCAACACCAAAGCGAGGGAGCAGCUGAUAUGUGAGUGUGGUCUCUUCGACAAGGCAAAUGGCACGGGAGGAGGUGGCCACGUCCGCCUGGUGCAGCGCGCUAUGCAGGACCUCACGUACAAGUCGCUCUGCUUUCCUGAGGCCAUCAAGAUGCGGGGAGUUGAGAGCACAGAGAAGCUGCCGUACUACUACUACAGGGAUGACGGACUGAAGGUGUGGGACGCAAUCCAGGGCUUUGUCACUGAGGUGAUAAACAUAUAUUAUGAUGAUGAUGAGGCUGUUCAGGCAGACACUGAGCUGCAGGCCUUUGUGAAGGAUAUUUUUGUCUAUGGACUGAAGGACGAUAAACGUACAGGAUUCCCUAAAUCAGUGAAGACGAUUCAGAAACUGAUCGAGUAUCUGACCAUAGUGAUGUUCACCACCUCCUGUCAACACGCUGCCGUCAAUUUUGGACAGUACGACUGGUGCUCGUGGAUCCCCAAUGCCCCUCCCACAAUGCGACAGCCUCCACCCUCCAAGAAGGGGGUUGUCACUGUGGAGUACAUCAUCGAGAGUUUACCAGACAGGGGGCGAUCGUGCUGGCAUCUGGGCGCAGUGUGGGCACUCAGCCAGUUUCAGGACAAUGAGCUGUUUCUUGGAAUGUAUCCUGAUGAACACUUCAUAGAGAAGCCAGUCAAGGAUGCCAUGAAAAAAUUCCAAAUGCAUCUCCAAGAAAUUUCACGGUGCAUUGCAGAACGCAACAAGGAUAAGAAGCUGCCGUAUUACUACUCGUCUCCUGACAGAAUCCCCAACAGUGUGGCGGUGUAAGGGGUGGGUCAGAGGGGUCCUGUCUGGUGCUACGGAACCAGCACUUCCUGCUUUUAGAUACCUGCUGCCUGCUUUGUUCUUUUUCAAUCAGCAACCUGUGGGAAAGAUCCAGGCUAGAGCCCUGAAGUGCCUUCUGCUUAGAUCCCAGUGUGACAGUGAAGCUGCAGCUCUGCUGAUCUUUGAUGCACUGGGCCCAGGUGUUCCCUGUCAACUCACCAAACCAGCAAGUGCCUCUCCUCAUCAUUGACAAUCACUGCAAGUUUCACACCCCUGGGCCUGGUUAUUCCAAUGUUGUUGGCAUUUAAUAACUUUUUAAAAUUUGUUUUUCAGGUAGAAUUCAAAUAGAAUUUAAAUCUCAAAUAGAAUUCAGCAAGCCAGCAUUUAACAGCCAUCCCAAUUCUCCUGAAAACCUGAUGUGCUGCUGCUACCCUCCCAGUGGGAGUGGUCCCACAUUGUUGGAUGGGGAACUGCAGCAUCUCGAAGGAAUAAAAGGUUCACAUCAGCACCAGAAAACUAUUGACUGUCAUAAAAAUCCAUCUGGUUCACUCGUGUGCUUUAGUAAGUUUAUCUGCGGCAUACCCAGCCCCACAAGUGCCUGCCUGGCCCUGAACCAUCCUAGCAAGUCUCUCAGUUGAAGCACAAUUCGGGAUAGGCAUUAAAUUUCAACCUUGCCGGUGACACCACAGUCUGUCAACAAAUAAAUUAAAAUUUAUCUCAUCCACAAAG